AUGAACUCUCUCCAAGCCGACAAGAGGAUGUCUGAUGCCGAGGAGAUCCUCGGGUACGACUUCAAAAACCCUCGAUGGCUCUGGGAAGCUCUCCAGGCCGCAGGAUCUCCGGUGACGAGAGUGGGCACCCGAAAUUUGCGCGAGGGCAACAAGCAACUCGCGGGACUCGGCGACAGAAUUAUCUCGGUGGUCAUUGUCACGAUGUCCGUUGAAGAUAACAUUAGCAUCGGUAUUUUCUCAAAGAAGCCAUUAUGCAAGUCUAGGAAGAAAGGCCUCAGGCCCAUUCUGACUGCCGAAACAGGCAACACCAACGCCCGGAUCCAGAUGUGCGCGAAUAACGAGCGUCUAGCUAGGCUUUGCGACACUGUCGGGUUGACCCGGUGCAUCGUCAGAAAUCCUUCCCAGCAGGGGAUGGUGUCCCAACGCACCAAAGCUGACACCCUGGAGGCAGUAGUCGGCGCAGUCUUCAAGGACGGCGGGCUCGACGCUGCCGAGGAGGUGAUUGAGCACUUGGGCAUCAUUGAUCUUCUGUGUGCUCUACUCGGUCUGCCCCCGGAGUCCCUCGCCUGGGUGCGUCCAAAGUCUCGGGAGGAGGUCCAUAUACGGAGCCGGGGGAAACAGCCUUGCUACUCUACUGACUUGGUUGGCGACGCCCUGCUGAUUAUCUGA